AUGCUAACCUUCACUUCUUCGACAGACUCGCAGGCCGUGUCUUCGGAGAUUAAGGAUCAGAAACCCGACGUAGACAAUCAGACCUCGCUGGCGCCACCUCCGCGUCCGAAUGCGACCGGGGCCAGUGAUACCCCGGAUUACUUCAACUCCGUCCACAAUCCAUUCUCCCUGGAGCCCAAUCCAUUCGAGCAGUCCUUCGGUACGGGCUCAGGCGAGACUCCCGGCAAGUCGCUGCUGCCACCCGUCGCCUCGCUCACUUCACCUGCCAUCCCCGGUGCCAGCUCUGGUAGCGGCUACAACUGGACUAAUUCCCUGCGCUCGGGGCCUCUGAGCCCGGCUAUGCUGCCCGGCCCAACUGGUUCUAAUGACUACUUCGAUAACAUCGGUCGCGGCUUCCCGACUCCGAACGAAUCUUCUCUCCGCACCGGACUGACCCCAGGAGGCGGUGGUUCUAUGUUCCCGGCUCCCAGCCCCAACUCCCAGGCUUUACUGCAACAACUUCAAAGCGGCGGCGCGACCCCGUCCACUAUCGAGUUUCACCGCACCGCCCUGGCGGCCAAGAAGAAUAGCAACUCGAAUGCACCCACUUCCGCUGCCAAAGAGCAGGAACAACCUAACACCAUGGAUCCUAAAUCUACCCAGGCUGCUUCCGCGGACCCCUUCACUCAACACGAUGCUGCCGAUGCUGCCAACGGUCUAUUCAUGUUGGCCAAGGGCGGUCAGGCGAAUAACAUGCAGAUGAACCAGGGUAUGCAGAAUGAGACCCGUGCUGCUGCCGCCCGUCGCGUCUCACAGAACACCAACGGUACCAGCGGCCGCGAAAUGAGCGGCGACGCUUCGGACCAGGAGCUCAGCAAGCCCAAGGGCAAGGGCAAGAAGAAUAACUCCAAACCCGCCUCUAACAACCGCCGCAAGGCCGAUGAUACUGGCCGGGGUUCCAACAAGAAGGCCAAGACCAACAGCAUGAUGGAGUCGCCAUCCGACAUGGAUUCCGAGGACGAAGAGAUGAAGGGACUCGGCGGUGAUCCGAAGAAGAUGACGGAUGAAGAGAAACGACGAAACUUCCUGGAGCGAAACCGUGUCGCUGCCCUUAAGUGUCGUCAACGGAAGAAGCAGUGGUUGGCCAACCUUCAGGCUAAGGUUGAGCUAUUUACCACUGAAAAUGAUGCCCUGACCGCCACCGUGACCCAGCUCCGUGAGGAGAUUGUGAACCUCAAGACGCUCCUGCUGGCUCACAAGGACUGCCCUGUCUCUCAGGCUCAAGGACUUGGCCCCCCUAAUGAUGAACGGCAUGCAGACUGGAUUUGA